AUGCUUCCAUCUGUCCAAGUACAACGACAUAUCCUUCGGCUUACACCCGAAAGAGCCAGACUGUGGUCAACUGCAAUUGUCGGUUUCGGUGUCGUGACAGGUGGUGCACUCUUAUUUAUUGGUGAAAGAAUCCCAAGAGUUCGUCAGGAUAUAUUACAAAAAAUUCCGAUUAUGGGCAAUUAUUGGUCUACUGAACAAAAAUAA